CCUAUUGCCUGACUACAGUCUAGAAUGCGAACGGUCUUAGUCAAUUCUCUCACUCUGACACGAGAAUUUGCAAGGUCGUUACCGUGUGGCACUCAGUUUCUUCAUAUCACGCAAAAGCCAACAUGGGUGGUCAAAGUCGAGAAGGCGGCAAAGUCAAGCCUUUGAAGGCUCCAAAGAAGGACAAGAAGGAUAUGGACGAAGACGAAAUUGCAUUCAAGGCUAAGCAAGCUGCGGAUGCCAAAGCCCGAAAAGAGAUGGCCGACAAGGCGAAAGGCAAAGGUCCUCUGAAUGCCGGUCAGCAAGGAAUCAAGAAGAGUGGGAAGAAAUAAAGCCAUGGCAGCGUGAUGACUGAGAUAGACGAUGAGGUUAUGAGCAAGGCGUAAGGGAGGCGCAGAUGGUAUGCUUUUCUCAGGCCGAACGAGAAUGACGAUUACACCACGAUACAUGAACUCUUGAUCUUUUCGGCUUCCACAUGUCGUUGACUACUUGCUGGUGUUCUGUGACGGCUGAGAUGCAUUUGGCUGAUGGAAAGAAAGAUCAGCAAAAUGUUUGCCUGCUCACAAAAACUCCAGGCUCUCUACUGGUCAUUCCUGCCUCCGGAGCAAGCCAAGAGAGGACUUAUAGUGUCUCAGCACAGGAAUGAACAAGAAAGGUACCAUUGCGUUCUGUCGGGACUUAUUGAUGUUUGCCACGAUUGAUUGUUUGAUUGAUCUUGUCCUCACAAACGUGAGCUUACCCGCAUAACCAUUCUUGCUUCCG